GUUGUACUCUCGUUAGCGGUGCCAUGUUUAAUCUCGUCCAUUGAACGCGACUUGACGAGACUGACGCACGCCAUCUUGUAAAGAAGGAGUCAUUAUGGCUAGUGGCUUGCUGAGGGUACCUGUGAUACUGGGAAGGCGCACCCUGGUCACCUCAGUGCCACGGUUGAGUGGAGUCACCACCACAGGUGAUGAAGUUCCUGUUGUUGGUAUUCAAGUUCCUGUCACUGAAGAAGAAAAUUCGAAGUGGCUUUUGGAAAAUAAUCCACCAGCACCAGCCAAAAAAGGAAGGAAUGCUCACCUCAGGGAAAAGCUUUAUACAGUCAUAGGUAACCGUGACAUUGUUGGCCCAGGGGUCUCAGGUUUUGCAGAGUACAUAGAAGCUGAGGAAUUCCCAUUCCCUGCUGUGAGAUUCAUGGAACCAUACCCAGAAAUCAUGCCACUCUUAGAAAAGGAAAAAGGGGACUGGAAAAACCUCUCCAUUGAUGAGAAGAAAACUUUGUAUCGCUACAGUUAUCGCCAAACAUUAAAGGAGGAGUACACACCAGAAGGAUUGGGAAAAAGACUCCUAAUUGGAACAUUGUUUGGUCUAAGUUGCACUAUGAUCUACACCCAGAUCACUAUUGAUUAUAUCUUCCCAUGGGACCCGCGUGCAGCUAGAACAAGGCAAGCAGACUGGCAAGGUGUCCAUUUGGGUAAACUGAUUGCCCAAAAUACUUCCUACACGCCUGGAGAUCCCUAUUGGGAUUAUGACAAGGGAGAGUGGAGAAAAUGAUUUGUCUUAAUUUAUCCAUUUACAACUCCCAAUUCAAUCAUAAGACAAGACAGCAUAGUAAAUUUGACCUCUUCAGAUUAUGAGACUUUCCUAGAGACUGUGUAGACACCAUACUUGUUUUAAUUGCAGUUUUCUUAUGUAUAAUCCAGUAUUUUUCCUCAUCUUAUUUAAAAGAAUAAUUUUGUUUUUAACUUAUAUUCUGUAGACCAAAAUUUAUAUCCAUUGCUGAUCUGAAGAUAGAGCACUAAAUAAUUGAAAAACUAUGACAAAAAAUCAAACUGUAAAGAUUUUCUUAACAAAUCUGUCACAGUUGUGAUAUUGUGUAGAAAACUCUUGAUAAACUAGGUUUUUUGAUUAUCUGGACCACAGUGUAGAUAACAUACUUGUUGUGUGUAACUAUAGUUGGCUUUCAUUUGAUGUUUGUGAUAUUGUCAUGGUUUGAAGAAGGAUUACAAAACUUAUUAAACCCAUUUCUCACAUAA